UGUAGAGCUCAAAACACUAUCCACUUAUAAUUGCACCACUUCACAAUUGAUGACUUGAUAAAAAUGUCAUCCCAUUUUCCUGAAUUCAAACAAAACCCCAAGUGAAGUAACAGUUCAGUAAUGGCCCAUUCCCUAACCACAACACCAGCCACAGCAAACCCUCCUUUCUCAGCCAAUUCUAAGAAGAAGACAACUGCCCAUCUUCCAUCUCUAGGGUUUCAUAGAGACUCUAAGCUUGCAGUCUCUGAUUGCAAUCUCAUCCAUCGCAGGACUGUGAGCUUGGGUUUGGCAGGUGCAUUGGUGGGCUUGAACAUUGGUGACCGGAGUGCUAAUGCAGCUAGAAGGCCGCCACCUCCGCCGCCGGAGGAGAAAAAGGACCCUAGUUUAAGUGGUUUGCAAGCGAAAGUCCUGGCCAGCAAGAAGAGGAAGGAAGCCUUGAAAGAAUUUGUGGCCAAGCAAAGAGAGAAAGGAAAGCAAACAAAUGAACCAUCUGAAUAGCAAUAAAGAAAUUGUACUUUGUUCAAUUUAGCCUUGAGAUUAAAAAAUUUUCUUCAGUGGAAAAGGGAAAAUGUUGUAUCCCAAUAAAGAGUAAAGAAUACUCCAUUGAGAGAUUUCAUCAA